CCCCUUGUUUGCCGCUGUCUACCUGGUUUGCGCUUCCUCCACCUUGACGCUCAGGUACAUGGAUUUUGUCGAAAACUUUACUGAAACUGACAUUUUGGAGCGGAGUUGACACUAGGUACUUUCAAAAUGGACCAGAACCAUAAAUGUUCAGAAUAAGGCGAAGAAACCAACUUUGAUUCGGGAGUCAGCUGGUGGACGUACCGUGUAUACUUGGGAUCCAGUAAGUCAUGUCUGGCGGCAGCGCAGGCAGCCCAAGACACGACCCGGGGCCCAGUGGCCAGAGGCCUGGACUCAGUCGGAGCUACAGCCAAGUGUCGUCGUAUGAGGAGCGCUGUGUGGACCCGGUGGAGGACAGGCUGCCAAUCCCAGAACCAAAGGCGGCUCACAAAGCCCACCUGAGAGAUGCUAAUGGAAAGGAAUCUGAAACGAUCGGCUUCAUCCCUGGCUCAGCUGAGCAUUCCUCUGCAGCGCAGACCUGCAAUCCCUGCACGUCUCCACGGAGCUGCAGGACUUUUAUAUGCAACGUGCUCACCUGCGGCCUGUACAGGGUUUGCCAGGCGUCCGUCAUCGCCCCGUGCCUGGCCCCAAACGAGAGUUCCCCAGAUGAACCAGAGAAGGUGAGCCUGCGAGCCGUGAGCCCCGGAGACAAGGCGUCAGAAGAGGACGGCGCAGACUGGCUGGGGGACGUCCACAUUGCUGGAGUCAAAGUGGACAGUCAAAGAGAACAUUUAGAUGUUGGAACUACAUCUUUACCGUACGUGCUUCCGACCGGUGGUCAGACACAACCCAGCCAUCCGUCCCUCCACGAGUCGAUGAGGUUUGAUGACUGGGACGACGAGGAGGAGGAUGUAGACACGCUGAUUACUAAGAAGCUGCUGGAGCUCUACUCUGAGUAUCAGAUUGAGGCGUUGGCCAAGUGCACUACAGACUCCGUGUUUCUGAAGAAGAGCAAGGCCAUCAACCAUCUCAUCAACUCGCUGGCAGAGGAGCACAAAAUGGACGAGCAGGAGGCCGAGUGCAGGCUGGUGCGCGGCAUCAUCCGCAUCAGCACGCGGAAGAGCAUGAAGAGGAGGCCGAAAAUAUCCAGGAUGGAGAGGACGCUGUCGGACAGCGGCAACGAGACAAUGAAGGACAGUGACUGCUUCACAUACAGCAACAACAAUGACUACAAAUCUAAUCCCAACAUCCAAAUAUCAGACCUGACCUCCUCUGAUAAGUGUGCGAGGGACAUGUGGAGGAACAAUGGAGGUCACGCUACCAGUUCUGUAACAGACUACUCACCCUCUCACACAGAGACUAAUUCUUCGGGGGUCCCCCUGACUUUCAGCUCCGUGAGAACAUGAAUCCCGCUCCACACGUGCGACCUUCUCGUAUUUGCUGUGCCGCGUCCACAAGGACACAUAUGGGACUUUGAAGGGAGACAGUACUCACACUGGCUGAGCUGAGCUCUUGGUUGAGACCAUGGCUCUGCUGUGAAAAAAAGAAAAUGUGAAAGCUCACAUUGUCUGAAGGACAUCAGUGAACUCAGGGUUCUGCAUGUAGAUGUUUAUGCUUGGUAAUUGUUGUGUGGGUUUGAAGGAUUGCUUGAAUUGGAGCUUGUGCUGCAGGCAGUAGCUGCUAGCAGUUCUUAACAUUCUAUCACCAUUAACCGUCCCCUGGUCCUUGAAGGAGUUAUGGUAUCGAAGCCUGCUGCUCUUUUUUCUGUUGGUUUGAUUCUCUAACAUUUAAUGUUUUUAUUUGUGAAAUCUUUGAAUCAGCAGAUAUUUGUUCAUUUAAACUCUAUUUGUUCCGUUCAGUGGUUGUGUGCCCAGUUAUUGGCUCUAUAUCACUGUAAGUUAUGAUCAUUUUCAUCAUCUGAAUGAUUGCAAAUUGGUGUGAGGCAUCAGAGUGGCAGUAGUUAAAAUGAAGAAAUAAUGUAAGGAAAUAAUAUAAAAAAGGAUAUUAUUAAUAUAAUUAUGAGUUGGACUAUUUGUGUGUGCCUGGUAGUACACUAGAAAUAAGAAGUUUGACUUGACAGGAACUUUCUGUCUUAUGGCAGUGCACUACAUCCAGUUAGCUUUGUUCUGUUCUUUGCUGGAGGCAAUAAGAGUUGAAAACAGCAAAACCAAACCUUUUUUUUUUCUUCACAUUCAUUUCGUGCCAUGACUUCAUGUUUGUGAAGUGUUUAUUGUUAGCAUCAGCAUGAAGUUCAUACGAAGCAGAUGGCUCUGGGGCUUGUGUGCGAUAUAUCCUGGAUAUUGUUCUUGACCAUUUCCUAUCUGCAAUCAGGUCUCUGCCUGAAAGAUGCAUUAUACCUAUGUAAUGUAUGUGUGUGUGAGCUGCAGUAGACUUUAGGUUGUACAUAUUAUAAUGAUAUAGCUUUAACUUAUUAUAAUGUCUCAAGCUGAAUCAUGAAGUGAAUGUCUGUUUUCAUGUCAACAUCUCGAUGGGAAUUCGUCCAGCUGUCUCAGAGGAAUGUAUUUAGCUCUGUGACCUUCUCAUCAACGCUGUCUUAUGGUUUCUGUUGGUCAUGCACCAUUGUAGUGACCUCAUACACUGGCAGCCAACAAUCGUAUGAGUAAAUGUAUGAUCCAGGAUCUUUGGGUAAACUCUGCCUAGAUACUUUAAAUAAAACAAUCACCCGUUCUUGUCUUUUCAAUGAGAUUCUGCGUGCCUCACCAGUGUGGUUAUAAUGAAAUGGUGUGAAACUUGUUGGUCUGGUUUGGACCAAGAACAACAAACUGAAGUGAUGAAUUCCCAACUGUAUCUGUUUUACAACUCGCAUCACUAAACUGGUUGAAUUGUGGUAAAAUAUUGAGCUAUGUUUCCAUUCACUCAUUACACCAAUCUGUGUCAGGUGUCCUCAAAGUAUAACGUUUGAUCCUUUAACUUUAUAUUGUCAGCAGUGUAUAAAAGCCUUGUAAUGAUGGUAACUAAUUUCUUAACGGAUACCCCACUGUAAAACCAAUAAAGUAAAUGAAGUGAGA